UGAUCUGCUCUGAAUGCAGCCAUCUCGUCGGUGACGAGAGCCAACACAUAACCUAUAAAUUGUUGUCUACAGCUCGUUGUUGGUAGUGAUUAAUCAAGUGAAAAUGUCGUUGGAAAAAAGAAAAGUAACGCAGAAUGAUCUGCGUAAAGCAAUGAAUGAACACAAGAAGAAAAUUGGUGCAGUCAAAAAGAUCGAUUCACCGUUAGCAAAGUAUACAGAUGCGGGACAACUUAUGUGCAUUUUGUGCAAGUCAGUUGUACGCAGCGAGACAGUUUGGCCUGUUCACUUAAAUUCGAAAGUACACAAAGAAAAUAUUGAGUUAGCAAAAAGAACUAAACUCGAAACAGAGAACACUGCAAGGCCAUCUAAUACCAUUCCACCAUUCAAAAGGCCUUGUUCUCCAUCUGAACAUACUUCUGUAAAUAAAAAGAUAAAGGGAAUAUUGAAAAAUUCUACUCAGACGGUACCAAAAACUAGCUCAAACUUGCCAGCAGAUUUCUUUGAUAAUAAUUCAGAACAAACCAACAGUGGAUCUGUUCCCAUACAAAAAUUGAAGAACAAAACUUCUGUUGUUAAUACAAAUGCAGAUGUACAAAACAUGGAAGUAAAAGAAGAAAAAGAGAAAGAGAAGGAGAAGGAGAAAGUAAAGGAUCCAAAUCAAGCUGCUCUUCCAGAGGGAUUUUUUGAUGAUCCAGUGAUGGAUGCUAAAGUCCGUAACGUCGAAUACAAAGAUCCCAUCGAGGAAGAAUGGGAAAAAUUCCAGAAAGAAAUUAAGGAAGAAACUGCGCAGUCUGCGCAAAUUAUUGCUGAUGAUCAGGAAGAAGCAACGACAGAAAGACAGUUGGAUGAAAUUGAGGAACAAAUGAGACACUGGUCUAGGGUAAUGGAUCUUGUAAAACGCAUGGAACAAGUGCAAAAUACCGACAGGAAGCAGGAGAAUAUCGACGAUGAUGUAUCGAGCGGGGACGAAGCAGAGUUUGAUGAAUUUCUCGACUGGAGAGCGAAGAAUUCGUAUAAAUAAAAUAAUUGGUAUGUCUAGCGAUUUUGUAAAUAUAUUAAACUGUACUCUCUCUUUAUAAGAAAAUUAUUUAUAUAAAGUUAAAAAUUUUCUAAAUCUUGUUCUUUUCUAUAUCUGUCACAAUCUCUCCCUUAGUUGUUAUAAGAAAUAUACAAUAAAAUUAAUACAUGAUCACGUACAGUAAUUCUCAAAAUAAGUUUCUAUCACAUAGGAGAUGAAAGAUCAAAUCGAUGCAACUCUUACACACAGUGUAUUAAGAUUUUAUUAAAACGAAUUUGGAGAGUCAGAAUAUAAUUGAGUUUCAGAUACAUUUGGUAUAGAUUAUUCGUUAAUCGUUCGUAAGCUAAUAUAAUAUGAAAAGUAUGAUAUAAAGAUUACGAGAUAUGCUAAGCCGCUAAUAAAGUAUAGAUAAUUACGAUGUAGGUCAUAUAGUUUGACAAUAUUCACCUUUCUUUUGUAUAUAUAUAACCGGACCUUAUAAAAUACUGAGGAUUGGAAAAAGAGGGACUCGCGUAUAUUUUACCCGCACCCAAUCACACCGCUACACUAUAAACCGCGCCGCUACAGCUCGACGCGCUUUCAGAUUACACGUGUCCGAUACGAAUUUUCCAAUGAUACUUGAAACGCAAUUGCAAGUGAAUUUCUUGGGGAUUCCGGUUGCUGCCUAAAAACUGUCGCUACAUAGAUAUCCUUAGAGAUUAUUAGUAUAAUUAGCGUUGUAAUACAGAGCUUAUUCUUAGACUUACUCAUCGCGUAAGUUCGCAAUUAUGUUUAGAUCAAAGCGACCUACGCGUUAUCGAUGCGUUUAGAGAUAUACAUGUCAUAUUUUUUUUGGUAUUUUAAACGCAUAUUAUUAUAAAGUUAUAUAUUUAUAUCCUAUCAUCAGAUCACAAUGUGUCGUGAGUACCGUUGACGAUCUGCUACUCGAGCAACGGUAAGACAGACAGAGGUGGUUCUAUCUAUCUCGUGG